AUGGGCAGACUGGCACACGAGCGGACAGGCUAUCAGCUGGGCGAGAAAGUCGUCGUGCACAACUAUCCCGUCUGCGGUGGUUUUGCCGAAAGCUGUCUAGCUCAUUACGAAGACGUGUUUAGAUUAACAGAAAGAGUGUCUCUGAAAGACGCGACUGUCACGGACGAUUAUUUUUCGGCAUUACUGACGAUGGGUCGUCGAGCUCGCAUUCAGAAAAACGAAUAUUUUCUCGUUAACGCGGAACGUUCUCGUUCCGCUCUAGCUGUUAUCGAUCUCGCCGUUAGAAUAUUCGGAGCAAAGCCGAUAGCUCUGUGCAACGAUGUCAGGCGAGCCGAGAUGUGCACCGACCUCGGCGCAGAGGUCGUGUGUGAUAAAAACGAACGAUGCUUGCCGUAUAAAUUAAGAGAACUCACCGGGAAGGAAGAGGUGCGGGUGUUGAUCGAGACCGAAGGCGGGCCGUAUUUUCGGAGUGUCGUCAAAUGCUUAAAGCACGACGGCCUAAUCGCUCUUCUCGGCGAUGCUCGAGAUAAACGGCAUCUCGAUCUUUACCUCCUGUCGCCGAAUUUCACGAUAUUCGCGGUCGCCGCGGAACAUUACAAGGUCGCCGACGCACUGGUGUACAGAGAGACUGUGCAACAUCUGCUGGAUUAUUACUCGGAACGCGCGAUUCGUCCUCGUAUCUCGGCGAUUUUCGGUCUGCAUCGCGUCAACGAUGCGUUCGAGUAUUACACGACGGUGCCGAGCGGAAAGGUGUUGAUCGACAUGAAGGAUCUUGAGCGGAUAACCAUGUGCGACGAGUCUUAA